AUUAAGUUUCUCCUUGUCUGUAUUGGAACUGUGUUGCUGCCGAAGAAUGGUACCGAGGUCAGCACUAGCUACAUGCAUUCUUUAGUUGACAUAAGGUCAAUUAAGAAGAAGAAUUGGGCGACUGCCGGAUAUCGAUAUCUAAUGAGCUCUCUACACCGGUACAAGACGAAGAACACCAAAAAUGUCUCCGGUUGCACGAUAUUUUUACAGCUUGUAUAUUUGACGCACGUAGACUGGACAGCUACUCACGUGGACCGAACUGUGGCUCCAAUUGACUUUUGGACCACAAAACACUGCAAGUCAGUGUACAAGUGGAUUCGAGACCAGGGUGGUCACACAAGUGGAAAGGUGAAGUUGACUAACACGUAUGUGUUACUGCCAAGUUUUGAAUCCGCUGCAGUUGGGCAACCCACAAAUGACGCAAUAUACAAAGCUGUGUGUGAGUUGAAAGAUGAGGUCUUCCGGCUUGAUUUGAAGGUGAGCAAGACAAAAGAGCAUUGCGAAGUUCAGCGCUCGCUUUCGUUCAACGGGGAGACCGAGAAGAAGGAUGACGUCGGUGUCGAGGAAAAGGAUGGUGAAGGGACGAAGGAUGACGUGGUUGUCGAGGAAAAGGAUGGUGAAGGGACGAAGGAUCAAUUGGAAGAGGAUGUUGAUGAUGUAGAGAGUGUCCCUUCACUUAAUCUAUCAGAAGAGAAGGUCGUUGUUCCAACUAAGGUGGUUGUUUCUGAUGAUUCGUUUGAGGUUAUGAACUUUUGGGGAGAAGAUCUCCCCGCUAUUGUAAAAGAGGAAGUUGAGCGGGCGGUGAAGGAUGAUUUUGAUGAUCUUUGCAAGGGUUACUCAAAUCAACAGUACGAGUUGUUCCGUUACAUUUUCUCUAGCGCCAAUGAUCCGAGUGAAGUGUUAGCCCAUUUUGGGAAGGUUGAGGUCGAGCGGAUGUAUUUCAAAUGCAUGAAACCGGAGACCGAUAUAUCACACAGUCUCAUUGAUUGCUUUGCUCAAAUCAUGAAUUUUCGAGAGAAGAAGCGCAACGGCAUUGGAAGUAAGAGAACUUGGUUUAUGCCCACCAGAAUUUCGAGCAAGUUACUUGGAAGAUCGAUGACUGUGGAGAGGAUGUCGAAGCAGCAAGAGUGGUCCACUCUUUAUUACGAUGCAGAUUUGAGUUUAUGUCACACUGUAAUUUGCAUUUUCUUGAAACUUUUGUGUUGAAUCAAAUGUGUGUAGUUCAAUUUUCCGAUGACGUUGUUUGUUUUACU